AGCGAGCAGAGAGCCGAGAGAAGGGAGCAACACAAGAGGGAGAGCACGCUAGACCAUGCGAGCUAAAUUUGGGAUCGCUUCAAAUCAGGAUGCCACAUUGAUGCUACAGAUCACCCCCAGCAAAAAGGAAACUUUUCAUCUUUCGUCUCUAGAGCAGGAGGCAUCAUGGCCGAAGGAGGGGCUGCCAGAGGUACAAGAGAAGAGCAGGGGAAGCUGCCAGAACAAGAAGAGGAGGAGGAGGAGGACCCCCAGGUCCUGCGUGGCUCAGGCCAUUGCAAGUGGUUCAAUGUACGGAUGGGCUUCGGUUUCAUAUCUAUGACUAGCCGGGAGGGAAGUCCCUUGGAAAACCCUGUCGAUGUUUUUGUUCACCAAAGCAAACUGUACAUGGAAGGAUUUAGAAGCUUGAAAGAAGGAGAGCCAGUAGAAUUCACAUUUAAGAAAUCUUCCAAAGGUUUUGAGUCAUUACGGGUAACAGGCCCUGGAGGGAACCCAUGCUUAGGAAAUGAAAGACGACCCAAGGGGAAGACCGUUCAAAAAAGAAAACCAAAGGGAGAUAGAUGCUAUAACUGUGGUGGCCUUGAUCAUCAUGCUAAAGAAUGCAAUCUACCUCCUCAGCCAAAAAAGUGCCAUUACUGUCAAAGCAUAAUGCACAUGGUAGCUAACUGCCCACAUAAAAUAGUUCCACAGCAUCCUACAACUUCUCAGGGAAGAUAUGAAGCAGAACCACAGCCUUCAACUUCAUCUUUUCAGAGAGAAGGGGGAGUGGCAUUUGGCUAUUCAUCUCCAUCUUAUUCUCAGGAGGGAAGAUCAGAGCUCUCAGAACGUUCAAGCAGGUCACCACAAGAAGCUUCCUUAAGUAAGAUAUCUACAUCGCCUGAAGAACAAAGCAGAAAGGGGCCUUCUGUUCAAAAAAGAAAAAAAACUUAAGGCUUUGUCCUGGUGUUUCCCUUAAACUUCACCCUUUCUGGGAAGUUCUACCUCAUACAAGUACAGGGGAAGUCAUUUCAUUUAUCAAAACUGACCAGAAAUUUUAACUACUGUUAAAGAACUGUGAAUUUAAGAAAAAAAAAAAACGAAAUCAUGAAAUGGACAAAUCACUCCAAGCAAAAUUAAAAUGCAGGGUGUUUUUUUUUUUUCCUUUUGUGUCUUCAUAUCUCUAUUGUUUUUGCCCUUAAUACAUAUCACAUUAUAAUUUAAAGGAAAAAGGCAUCUAAAAUAUAAUAGUGUGUGUAUGUAUAUAAAAUAAAUGUGCGCACACUGUAGCACACACCAGGCUCUACAAUGGCAAUUCCCUGGGUGAUAAAUCGAAAAAUAUAAAAAUUGCUCUCCAAUCAAAACUAAUCAACAAAGCAAGAGAGAGAAGUCAGAUUUAUGAAAGCUUGUUUAAUGUUUCCACUAGGAUAAAGGCUGACAGUAGAAGCAAGAGUAUCACUGGCUGACUACCAUAUGAAGGCCUGACAAAGGUCGAAAUCUAGAGAUAUAGGGGCAGUUGCAGUGUUCUUGUUACUAAAGUUGGUUAUCUAUCCUGUGUAGUUAUUUUCUUCUGAGUGUGGCUCUGUGUACUGAGAUAGGGGGCAGUGGGGGUGUGUGUGUGUAUAAUAUAUAUACAAACACACAGUUAUCCUUAUCCUCUUCAUCAAAUGGAGCAUAAAGCAAUAUACUCAUUGUUUUCAUUUUUUAGAUUUUUUUUUUUGCUAAACACUCCUGCUAA